AUGGCCGACGAUAAACCCAACUGCAAAGUUAUCCUCGCGAACAACAUCGCCAAGGGCCUUCUGGACGAAGUUCGCGAUGGUCUGAACAAGAUUCAACGCAAACCGCUCCUUGUCGGCUUUCUCUCCAGCGCUGAUCCUGCGGCGAGAGUAUACGCAGAAUGGACGGGCAAAACUUGUGUCGAAAAUGGCUUCGCAUUUGACCUCCGCGAAGUCGAUCGCGAACUUCUUGAGGACCGCCUCAUCGAAGCGAACAAUGAUCCUGCCGUUGACGGCAUAAUCGUUUACUAUCCCAUCUUCGGCAACCGUCAGGACCAGUAUCUCCAGCAGAUUGUCUCUAUCGACAAGGAUGUUGAGGGACUAUCGCACCGUUACAUUUUCAACAUGUACCAGAAUAUUCGCUUCCUCGACCCUGCCAACACGAAAAAGAGUAUCUUGCCGUGUACCCCAUUGGCCGUGAUCAAGAUCCUCGAGUAUCUGAGGAUUUACAACACUAUCCUCCCGUACGGUAACAGGCUUCACGGACGCACUAUUACCGUCAUCAACAGAAGUGAGGUCGUAGGCAGGCCGUUGGCCGCACUACUGGCAAACGACGGUGCCCACGUAUACAGCGUGGAUAUUAGUGACGUGCAAGAGUUCACGCGAGGCGUUGGUCUAAGGAAGCGAAGGCACGAGGUGGUGGAGAAGCCUGGCUGGACUCUCAAUGACUGCCUCCCACUUAGCGAUGUAGUCAUCAGCGGUGUACCUGGAGACAAGUACAAAGUCCCGCUGGAGUUGAUGAGGGACGGAGCUGCAUGCAUCAACUUCUCCAGUGAGAGGAACUUUACACCAGAGGUCAAAGAAAAGGCCUCGAUCUACGUUCCUGCCAUUGGCAAGGUCACCAUUGCAGUGCUCUUGAGAAACUUGUUGCGCCUCACUCAAAACAAAAUCGAUGCUGCCGCUCAGGGAGUGGAAGAGAAGUCUUCAGUGGAACCAGUCAUUCAAUCGACUGCAUAG